AUGCCGGUGCAUGCACUAUGUGCAGCGUUUCGUGCAGGGGGUGAUGCAGCGGGCGCGUGCCUUUUCGCGGUUGGAUUUAGCGCAUUCAUUCGGUGCAUGCAUUUUGUGCAUGUAUUUCUCGUGUCCCCGUCAUGCAUUUUUCCUCUUGCACACACAAUUUCCCUUUUGCAUCUUCAGGGACGCAUGGAGUACCUCGUGAAAUGGAAGGGCUGGUCGCAGAAGUACAGCACAUGGGAACCUGAAGAAAACAUCCUGGAUGCUCGCCUGCUCGCAGCCUUUGAGGAAAGGGAGCGAGAGAUGGAGCUGUAUGGCCCCAAAAAACGAGGACCCAAACCCAAAACUUUCCUGCUCAAGGCCCAGGCCAAGGCAAAGGCCAAAACAUACGAGUUCCGAAGUGACUCAGCCCGAGGCAUUCGGAUCCCCUACCCAGGCCGCUCACCCCAAGAACUGGCCUCUACUUCCCGGUCCCGUGAGGGCCUUCGGAACAUGGGUCUUUCCCCACCGGGAAGCAGCAGCAGCACCAGCAGCACCUGCCGAGUGGAGCCCCCUCGGGACCGCGAGCGAGACCGGGAACGAGAGAGGGAGAGGGAACGAGAGCGGGAGCGUGAACGGGGCACCAGCCGUGCAGAUGACAAACCCAGCUCGCCAGGUGACAGCUCCAAGAAGCGAGGUCCCAAGCCCCGGAAAGAGCUCCUAGACCCCUCACAAAGGCCCUUGGGAGAACCCAGUGAUGGCCUCGGAGAUUACCUCAAGGGCAGGAAGCUGGACGACACUGCUUCCGGGGCAGGAAAGUUCCCAGCUGGCCACAGCGUGAUCCAGCUAGCUCGAAGGCAGGACUCGGACCUGGCCCAGUGUGGUGUGGCCAGCCCUAGCCCCGCUGAGGCCACAGGCAAGCUGGCUGUGGACACUUUUCCGGCCAGGGUCAUAAAGCACAGGGCUGCCUUCCUGGAGGCCAAAGGCCAGGGCACCCUGGACCCUGGUGGCCCCCGGGUCAGGCACGGCUCAGGCACCCCUGGCUCUGUGGGGGGCUUGUAUCGGGACAUGGGGGCGCAAGGGGGAAGGCCCUCCCUCAUCGCCAGAAUCCCAGUGGCCAGAAUCCUGGGGGACCCAGAGGAAGAAUCCUGGAGCCCUUCUCUGACCAACUUGGAGAAGGUGGUGGUCACCGACGUGACCUCAAACUUUUUGACCGUCACCAUUAAGGAAAGUAACACGGACCAAGGGUUUUUUAAAGAGAAAAGAUGAAUAUCUGGGUGGGUGAUUCCAAGACCAGGGAGCAGGAGAGAGAGUGAGAGUGCAAAGUUGGCAUAAUGCUUUUUAUUUCUGGG